ACCCCGCAUGUCUACUCCAAACAACAAGCGCCCCAACUUUCUUCUCAUAGUUGCCGAUGACCUUGGAUUCAGUGAUGUGGGAUGCUUUGGGUCAGAGAUCCGAACACCCAAUCUUGAUAAGUUGGCUAGCUCUGGAAUACGAAUGACGGAUUUUCAUACAGCUGCCGCUUGCUCACCAACCAGAGCCAUGCUGCUCUCAGGUACCGAUAACCAUAUAGCGGGUGUCGGAGUAAUGUCUGAACAGAAAGAACACGAUUUAGCCAGAUGGGACGUUCCAGGACAUGAAGGUUAUCUGAACCUCCGUGUAGCGGCUCUUCCAGAAGUUCUACAAGACAACGGGUACCACACCCUUUUGAGCGGAAAAUGGCACCUUGGCUUGAAGCCUGAAUACAACCCGGACAAACGGGGCUUUGAUCGAUCUUUUGCCUUGCUGCCGGGAUGCUCAAACCACUAUGGAUGGGAGCCUCAAUUCGGUGACGGGAUGAUCAAACAUUUCGAGCGCAUACCGCCGCUCUAUACGGAAGAUGGAAAACUAGUUGAUCUGAAACCCAACACGGCCAACGACCCUAAUGGUUUUUAUUCCUCCGACUUUUAUGUUGACAACUUGAUCAAAUAUCUUUCGGAGAGACCAACCGACAAGCCUUUCUUUGCAUUUUUGCCCUUUGCCGCGCCGCACUGGCCUUUACAAGUCGAUAAAUUGUACCGGGACAGAUAUAAGGGUGUUUAUAAUGAUGGUCCUGAAGCUCUUCGAUUGAGAAGGUUGGCUAGAUUGAAGGAUCUGGGCUUGAUAGCACAAGACGUUAUCCCGCAUGAGGUCGUCGCUCCACCAGAGACUGAAUGGUCGACUCUGACUGACGAAGAAAGGGAACUUUCUGCACGAGCCAUGGAAACUUUCGCCGGUAUGGUAGAAAAGAUGGACGAAAACAUUGGCAAACUGCUCAAAUACUUGGAACGAAUCGGAGAAGCAGAUAACACGUUCAUUAUCUUCCAAUCCGAUAACGGAGCAGAGGGUGCCUCGUACGAAGCCGCCCCGACAAUGGGAAACAGUAUCAUGGACGUUGUGAACCGGUUCUACGAUAAUUCCAUUGAGAAUAUCGGAGAACACAACUCCUUCGUUUGGUACGGUCCAAGGUGGGCUCAGGCUGCAACAGCUCCGAGCCGCUUGUACAAGAUGUACAGCACAGAGGGGGGGAUAAAAGUGCCGAUGAUCCUCAGCUAUCCUCCGUGGACAAAGGCACGCGGAGGAGAAAUCGUGAAUGCAUUCGCAACUGUGAUGGACGUUAUGCCCACGAUUUUGGAUCUAGCCGGCGUACAGCAUCCGGGCAAAUUCUUCCGAGGUAGAGACGUCGAGGAAAUGCGCGGAAAGUCUUGGAUCAACUUUUUCGAGAAUGAAAAGCAAUCCGAAAAUGCGACAACGGAAAUCCAUUCAACAGAUGAUCCCGCGGUUGGAUGGGAGCUUUUUGGGCGGGCAGCCCUGCGGAAAGAGAACUGGAAAAUCGUUUACAUGACUCCGUGGUCCUAUGGAAAAGGUGACUGGGAACUAUUUGAUCUAAGCAAGGAUCCUGGGGAAACAAGAGACCUUUCUGAAAAAGAGCCGGCGAAGUUGAAGGAACUACUGGAACUUUGGGAGAAAUACGUGGAGAAAAAUGGCGUCGUUUGGGGCAGUCCUGUGAGCGAAGUAGAAGUGAAAGUCCCUGGACUUGAGCGCAAAGAUGUGAUCGGUGGCGACCCUCUAGAUGAUACUAGAGCUUGGAUGCCCCAUCGUGGCCAUUGUAAAGACUGACGUAACACUAGAAUUGCUCAGGGCGGUAUUGGAUUUUCGAGGGGAGAGUCGAUGGGUAUUUUCAGAUCUCAGAGUCACAUCUUCCAUGCUGUUUACAUAACGUUC